AUGAAAACAAGUACAGGUGUAGUAACAAUCCAUCAACACCAACAUCAGCGAAUACUGUUCCGCAUCAUUCCGAUUUCGCUUCAUGCCAACGGGAAAACCGUUAAUACUUUCGCAUUCCUUGAUGGAGGCUCAGAUUCAACAUUGCUAGAGAAUUCGAUAGCGAAAAAGCUCGGUGUCACCGGACCAGUGUUUCCAUUGUGCAUGCAGUGGACAAACGGUGUUAAACGUACCGAGGAAAAUUCGCAACGUUUACAGUUGGAGAUUUCCGGAACUAGCUCUAAUAAACGCUUUUUGUUGAAUGGAGUGCACACAGUAUCCAGUUUAGAUUUACCACAUCAAACCAUCGACUUCAGGGAAAUGCAGGCGAAAUUCCCUCAUCUGAAAGGGCUUCCUGUUUCAAGUUACGAGGAUGCGGUACCGGGACUACUAAUCGGAUUAGAUAACACCAGAAUGAAGACGCCCCUCAAACUGCGAGAAGGUAAAGGCGACGAACCAGUUGCAGCAAAGACACGCCUAGGGUGGACACUCUAUGGGAGAUCGGGUAAUGCGAAUGCUGAUUUGUUUCAUCAAGUUAUGCACGUCUGCAAUCGUCCGACAAAUAAUGAACUCCAUGAAAUGGUAAAGAACUUCUUCACGGUCGAAGGCACGGCUGAUUACUUAGCGAAAGGAUACGCGCAUAAAGCAACGGAAUUAGAAUUAAAAGAGACCAAGGCAAGUGAUGUUUGGUAUCUACCCCUUGGUGUAGUGACCAACCCAAAGAAACCGGAAAAGCUUCGUAUUGUGUGGGACGCCGCAGCAUCUGUGAAAGGCGUUUCCCUGAACUCGGUCCUUCUGAAAGGUCCGGAUCUGCUUCAGUCACUCCCAACCGUAUUGUGUAGGUUUCGUCAAAAAGAGGUGGCAAUCAACGCUGACAUCAAAGAGAUGUUCCAUCAGGUGCUCAUCAGGCCGGAAGAUCGGCAAGCACUACGAUUUCUCUGGCGAAACCAGCCGUCAGAGGCAGUGCAAGUGUUUGUAAUGAAUGUCGCUAUAUUUGGUUCAACAUGCUCACCAUGUUCUGCACAGUUCGUGAAGGAUCUCAACGCAAGUGAGCAUUCCACCGAGUUUCCAAGGGCCGCAACCGCGGUAAUUGAGAACCACUAUGUGGACGAUUAUUUGGACAGCGUCGAUACCGUCGAAGAAGCGGUGCAGUUGGCUGAGGAGGUCAAAACAAUACACGAGCGAGGCGGAUUCGAAUUACGACACUGGUUGUCGAACGCCCCGGAAGUACUGGAGCGGAUCGGUGAGGAAUCGUCUGAAUCUUCAAAGAACUUCGUAAUGGGAAAAUGUACCAACUCAGAACGGAUUUUGGGUAUGAUUUGGAUACCACAAGAGGACAUAUUUUCCUUUGCAGUACAAUUUCGUAGUGACCUAAAAAAACUGGUGGACGGAAAUGGCUACCCUACUAAAAGAGAACUGCUCAGUCUGGUAAUGAGCAUAUUUGAUCCUCUUGGCCUGGUGGCUAACUUCGUGAUACAUGGUAAAGUCUUGGUACAAGAUGUUUGGAGAUCAGGUAUAGAAUGGGAUGAAACCAUACCAGAGGCUAUCUAUCCAAUGUGGAACCGAAAAAUUUUCUGGAGCGAUUCAAACACCGUUCUAGCUUGGCUUCGUUCUGAUCAACACAAAUUUCAUCAAUUCGUGGCUUUCAGGGUCGGGGAAAUCCUGGAACAAUCCGAAGCAUCCGAUUGGAGAAAGGUGCCAACAAGGUGGAACGUAUCAGAUGAAGCAACGAAAUGGGGUAAUGGUCCAGUUGCUUCUGAGACGUGUAGGUGGCAACGAGGACCAGAGUUCCUGUACAAAGACGAACGGGAUUGGCCAGAACAAGAGAAGAACUGGGUCACUUCCGAGGAGAUGCGGAUUGUUAACCUACAUCAUCGUACCGGAACUGAGGAAAUAUUUAAAUUUGAACGGUUCUCCAAAUGGGAACGCUUGCUGAGGACUGCUGCGUACGUUAGAAGGUUUCGAUAUAACUGCCAGAAGAAAAAGAAUGAAUUAACGCUCCCAGACCCUGAGAUAUUGAACAGAGAAGAACUUCUGGAAGCAGAGUUAACUGUGGUGAGGCUGAUCCAACGUGAAUCUUUCGCAAACGAAUACGCUACACUGGUGUUCAACCAACAAGUUCCGAUGGAACAACGGAAGUUAAUUGAUAAGAACAGCAAACUAUACAAACUGUGUCCCUUUCUUGGAGGUGACGGUGUGAUACGGAAGGACGGAAGAAUCGGUGCCGCACCCUGGUUGUCAUAUGAAGCAAAGUUUCCGGCGAUUUUGCCCAAAAACCAUUACGUGACAACCCUUAUCAUCCACAGUUAUCAUCGUAAGUUCGGCCACGCGAACAACGAGACGGUUGUGAAUGAAUUGAGGCAGCGGUUUCAUGUGUCUGAGAUCAGAUCGGCUGUUAGAAAGAUGUCAGAUAAUUGUAGGAAGUGCAAAGUUCGUAAGGCAAGCCCACAUCCUCCUCGCAUGGGUCCGCUUCCGGAGUCACGGUUAAAUCCAUACGUCAGACCAUUCACAUUUACAGGUCUAGAUUAUUUUGGUCCCAUCUCCAUCAGAUUAGGACGUAGUUGUGUUAAGCGUUGGGUGGCAUUGUUUACCUGUCUCACUGCCCUGGUCGUGGCAACAGAGUUGGCAUUCACUUUGGCUACGGAAUCCUGCAAGCUAGCUGUGCGAAGAUUUAUUUCACGCCGUGGUGCCCCUUUGGAGAUAUACUCGGAUCAGGGAACGAAUUUCCAAGGAGCUAGGAAAGAACUGCAACAAGAAAUAAACAAGUUGAACCAUGAACUGGCUGCAACAUUUACGAAUGCGGCGACGCAGUGGAAUCUGAAUCCUCCCUAUGCCCCGCAUAUGGGAGGUAUCUGGGAAAGACUUGUACGGUCGGUGAAAGCAGCUUUGACGGCAAUGGAGAUGUCCAGGAAUCCGGAUGAAGAAACCCUCAUCACGGCUUUAGCAGAAGCAGAGUCCCUAAUAAAUAGUCGCCCACUUACGUAUCUUCCAUUGGAUUCGGAGGAAAAUGAAGCAUGCAGUCGCAUAACACGUCAGCUAUUCGUUCAAAUUGGAAGCAUGUACAGGUCAUGCUCGAUCGGUUCUGGAGCCGGUGGAUCAAGGAGUUCCUUCCAGUAA